AUGGUCCUGGCUCGCCUGUGGCGCUUGGCGGGGCCGGGGCGAUGCCGUGCGCUGCUGCUGGCAGGGCUCCUGCUGCUGCUCCUCCAGCACGUGGCCAAGCAGGAGGUGGGUAGAACCAGCCACACCGAGCCGCCGCGGGGGGAGACCUCCGGCCACCCGCCCCCCAACGUGGUGUUCGUGAAGACUCACAAGACAGGCAGCAGCACCCUGCAGAAUAUCCUCUUCCGCGUGGGUGAGCGGCACCACCUCACCGUCGCCUUCCCCCGCUACACCUACCAGUUCGCCUACCCCCAGCCCUUCGCCGCCGCGUUCGUGGAGCCGCUGCCGCCGGGCGCCGCCCGCUACAACCUGCUGCUCAGCCACCUGCGGCUGGCAGCCGGCGAGCUGCGCCGGGUCAUGCCCCUGGACAGCCUCUACCUCACCAUCCUGCGCGACCCCAUCCGCACCUUCCCGUCCGUCUUCGCCUACUACCGCAGCACCGUGCCCGCCUUCCGGGCCCUCGCCAACCACCCCCAGCCCCUGGCCGCCUUCCUGCAGGCCCCGGAGCAGUACUACGACCCGGCCGACGCGGGCAACGGGCUGGCCAGGAACCCCAUGGCCUUUGACCUGGGGCUGGAGGCCAGCGGGGAGGAAGGGGGCAGCCGGUGGGACCGGGAGUUGGAGCGGCUCAACCGGACCUUCCAGCUGGUGCUCAUCGCCGAGCACUUCGACGAGUCCCUGCUGCUGGCGCGGGAGCUGCUGGGGCUGCGCCUGGAGGAGCUGGCUUACGUGCGGCUCAACGCCCGCCGGGGGGGCGGGGACGAGGCCUUGGCCCCGGGGCUGGCGUGGCGGAUCCGGACGUGGAACUGGCUGGACGUGCGGCUCUAUCGGUACUUCCAGGCCGUGCUGUGGCGCCGGGUGGAGCUCUACGGCUACACGCGCAUGAAGGGCGAGCUGGAGGCCCUGCGCGCGCUGCUGCGGGAGACCCGGGAGACCUGCCUGGCCGGAGAGGCCGCGGGGCCAGAGGAGACGGCCGACGAGCUGCGGCCCUGGCAGCCCGACACCGCCGCCAUCCUAGGCUACAACCUGCGGCCCGGCCUCCCCCCAGCCCAGCACGCCAGCUGCUACCGCCUGGUGCUUCCAGAGCUGCAGUAUCACGCCCGCCUUUACUACCAGCAAUACGGCAGGGAGAUAUGCGUGCUGCCGCGUGACUAG